AUGGUUCAAGGACAGCGACCUUCGACUGGACCUUGCUGUGCUCUUCUUGGAAGGUCCCUCAGAGAUGAGUUUCAGUGGAAAUCAUUCGGUCUUUCGCAUCCUGAACCCUUUCAGCUUUCCCUUCCACAGUGGAAGUGGAUGGACGGAGCGGUUUACAUUUCCUAUCGAUUCGUAGUCGCGACUGCCCUGGUCACGUGGUUGGUCUGCGAGAUACCAUUUGAAAUUCACCAUUUUGGUCAAACUGACCACGUUGUUGGAUAUAAACCAUUGUGGUUCUUCUUCGAAAUUGCCACCAACAGCAUUCUCACCACCUCGGGCAUUUACUGGAUUGCAUUUUGGGAUAGGGAUUACGCAUACUUUUUCACACUGACCUCUAAACUGAAGCACUCAAUCCCCGCGGCAUUUGCCAUUAUCGACAUGUUCAUCAAUAAUGUUCCAGUGCGAAUUUUGCACUGCGUGUACCCGCUUUGCUUGGGUGUCGUCUACGGACUCUUCACCUUCGUCUAUUGGCUGUGUGGAGGGUCAGGUUUGACUGGCAAUGGCGUUAUUUAUCCCGUAAUAAACUGGAACAAGCCCGCCUACGCCGUCGCCGCCUGCGUUCUUGCUCUCCUCUUUUGCAUCAUAAUUCAGUUGGGUCUUUACGCACUUUACUUUACUCGAACGUACCUGAGCUACCUGGCGGGUGGACGCGGAGUGCUAACAUUCAGGGAACUCUGCUCACCGGCCAACGACGAAGACCAACUUGUCGCUGAAGGCGAAGCCACACUUCUUGAAGACGACGCCCAAAACACCGCGAAGACCUAUUCCAGUCUUGGGUGA